UUUGUAUUUGCGCUCCACCCCUGGAACACUGAGACAGUCUGCUUCCACGGUUCAACUCAGAGACACAGCGGCGUCUGCGGUCUCACAACACAGUCUGCUGUUCCAACAGUAGUCGGUGUGCUGAUCCAGGAGCCAGUCCUCUCUGUUUGAGACCUGGGACAGCGAGGCGAAAGGGGGACAGCUUUUCCAUUAAACACGGGCAGUUCUCCAUGGCUCUGUGCAACGGAGAAAGCAAGCUGGAAAUCAGCAGCUCAGAGCAGAAUGGAUCUUGUGAGGGUGCUGUGGCGAUCCUGGAUGCAGGAGCACAGUAUGGGAAGGUGAUUGACAGACGAGUGCGGGAGCUGUGUGUACGCUCUGAGAUUCUCCCUCUAGAGACCCCAGCCUUCGCCAUCAGAGAACAGGGUUACAGAGCAAUCAUUAUUUCAGGAGGUCCAGCUUCUGUGUAUGCAGAAGAUGCUCCCUGGUUCGACCCAGCUAUCUUCACCAUAGGAAAACCGGUCCUUGGGAUUUGCUAUGGAAUGCAGAUGAUGAAUAAGGUUUUUGGGGGAACAGUACACAAAAAGAGUGUGAGGGAGGAUGGAGUUUUCAGCGUUGCGUUGGACAACACCUGCUCCCUUUUCAGAGGCCUUCAGAAGGAGGAGCUGGUGCUGCUGACCCACGGAGACAGUGUGGAUAAAGUGGCUGAUGGCUUUAAAGUCGUGGCCCAGUCAGCAAACAUCGUUGCUGGGAUCGCUAAUGAGCAAAAGAAGCUGUAUGGCACCCAGUUUCAUCCAGAGGUUGACUUAACGGAGCGAGGGAUGGAGAUGCUGCGCAACUUCCUGUUUGAAAUAGCGGGAUGCACAAGUAACUUCACGGUUCAGAACCGGGAGCAGGUCUGCAUCAGUGAGAUCAGAGAAAAAGUGGGCAAGUCUAAAGUUCUGGUGCUGCUGAGUGGUGGCGUGGAUUCGACAGUCUGCACGGCCCUUCUCAACAAAGCUCUGAAUCAGGACCAGGUGAUCGCCGUCCACAUUGACAACGGCUUCAUGAGGAAGAGAGAGAGUCAGAGCGUGGAGGAAGCCCUCACCAAACUCGGCAUUAAACUCAAAGUUGUGAAUGCAGCGCACACGUUUUAUAAUGGGACAACAACUCUUCCCAUCUCUGAGGAGGACAGGACGCCGCGGAAACGCAUCAGCAAGACCCUGAACAUGACCACCAACCCUGAGGAGAAACGCAAAAUUAUCGGAGACACGUUUGUUAAAGUGGCAAACGAAGUACUCGGAGAAAUGAAUCUGAACCCAGAAGAGGUUUUCCUGGCUCAGGGUACCUUGAGGCCUGAUCUAAUUGAGAGUGCCUCUCACAUUGCAAGCGGCAAGGCAGAGGUCAUCAAAACACACCACAAUGACACCGAGCUCAUCCGUAAACUCAGAGAUGAGGGAAAAGUAAUCGAACCCCUGAAAGAUUUCCAUAAAGAUGAGGUGAGAGCGCUGGGGAGAGAGCUGGGCCUGCCAGAGGAGAUCGUCUCUCGACAUCCUUUCCCUGGUCCUGGUUUGUCCAUCAGAGUGAUUUGUGCCGAGGAGCCUUACGUCUGUAAAGAUUUUGCUGAAACAAACAACAUCCUCAAAAUUGUCACAGACUUUUCUGCAAGUGUCAAAAAGCCUCAUGCCUUGCUCCAGAGAGUCAAGUUGUGCAUAUCAGAUGAGGAAGAGGAGAAGCUCAUGCAGAUCACAAGCCUUCAUUCACUCAAUGCCUUCUUGCUGCCCAUCAAAACUGUUGGUGUCCAGGGGGACUGCCGAUCCUACAGCUACGUAUGUGGCGUCACGAGUAAAGAAUCUCCACACUGGGAGUCGCUCAUGUUUCUGGCCCGACUCAUCCCUCGCAUGUGCCACACCAUCAACCGAGUUGUGUAUAUAUUUGGGUCCCACAUGAAGGAGCCACCAACAGACAUUACACCAACUUUCCUGACCAAAGGUGUUCUGAGCACGCUCAGACAGGCGGACUUCGUAGCUCAUUCUAUUCUUAGAGAAUCUGGGUUUUCCAGUAAGAUCAGUCAGAUGCCGGUCAUCCUCAUCCCUCUCCACUUCGACCGCGACCCUCUGCAGAAGCAGCCCUCAUGUCGGCGCUCCGUUGUGGUGCGGACCUUUAUCACCAGUGACUUCAUGACAGGCAUUGCUGCCAUGCCUGGAAACCACAUCCCAGAGGAGGUGGUGCUAAAAAUGGUAAAUGAGAUCAAGAAAAUCCCUGGCAUCUCCAGAGUGAUGUAUGACCUGACCUCCAAACCACCCGGCACCACAGAGUGGGAAUAGAACUUCAUAUCACUAGGAUGUACUCUCACACACAGUACACACUCUCAGCAGAUAUAAGGGGAAUGGUGAACUGCUCUCCUUUUCUGUCCUUCCUCCCCGUGUCAGCCACGUCCCCCCCUUCUCCUGUCCCAUCUCUCUCCCUUUCCUCCCCUUAUCUUCGACAUUCCCACGGAAGGCAGACCGUACUGUGACCGAAGCGCCGCUGCUCUCUGCUGCCCCCCCACCACUCCCACCGAGUCUUAAUAUUUCUGGCGAUAGGGACUGAUUAACGUUGGUUAUUGAUAAUAUAUUGUCACUUUUGAUUCACGUACUACGAUGUAUUUCCUCGCUGUUAUGUAAAGUUCAAUUUGCUGCUUCCUUUUGUGAGAUCACUCAUUAAAAGCCAACAGCGAGAAGCUGUGAGAUUUAAGUGAUGUUGUGCCUCAAGUUGAAUUAUAGGAUGAGUUAAACAUGAAGACAAGCAAAUAAUAGUGUCAUAAAAGUUGAGUAGUCGGUAGGGGGAAGUUUGAGCCUUUAGCAGUUGCUUUUUCUGUCAGAUGUUUUUGUUUUUGUUGUUGUAGGCCAGAAUAUCCUGUUGAUCUCACUCUGCCUGCAGACUGCUCCGACUGAGGUUGUUGAAACUCACAACCAUUGUGACCAAUCAAACCUUUUUUGUGUUAUAAUCUUUUGCCAAAAUGCUGUGUUGAUUUCUAACGUUGCAGACGAUCUUCUCCAGAACUUAUUAGUGGAUGUGAGUUGUGAUGGAGGCCAAUACAACUUUGUAUAUGCCUGUUCAGUGUUUCCUUUUUCUUUUGGUGGGACAUUAACCUAGACUCUAGUGUGUCCAGAGAGGAGCUCAUAACGCAGUUCUCCUCAUGCUGCAAUACGUGUGCUUUUUUACUGAAGAAUCUAAAGACCAGAGGACUAGUAUCGAACUCGAGAGUUUUGAAACAUUUGUCGUCACGCCAUGAUUUUUAGCUGCUCUUGAUUCGUGCAGGGGCACGCCUUUGCACGUUCUCUCACCCAUAAAGCCUUGGUGCUACAUCGAUUUAAAACUCCACCUUGACUACUUUCCAUAUUAUCGGGUUAGAAGUCUUGCCAUCUCCCAGCAUCUGCUCACUGUGUCUCCACAAGGCAUUGCUGCUUUUAUAUUUAUAUCUGUUGUGUCCUCCCACAACGUUCAGUCUCUCCUCUUCAGUCGUGUCAUUUAAGCCUCAGGUUUAACCCUCCCACUGUCUUUUUGGGUGACCUCGUGAGGAAAGUUGGCCAGAGGAUUGAUGGUUUAUCCCUUGAGGUCCACAUGGCAGGGGUGAGGUGGUGCUCACUCCUCACCCCUGCCACAUGGACCCAAGGGAUAAACCAUCAAGCCUGCUCAAUGGUCAACUUUCCUCACGGGGUCACACCCAUUAGGACAGUGGGAGGGUUAACGGAGUAUUUAAAAGUGUGUUGUACCCUAUCACAGAUGUUUUACUCGGUGGUUCUCAUGCCUCCAUUUGUUCCCGUGCCUCUCAUCGGUUUUAUCGUUUUAUGUUUCAGCGGCCAAAAUGCCCCCAACAUCGAAGGAAUGCUUUUCCUACAUUAAUUGCUGUUUGGGUUCCUCCUUAUGCUUUUCUUAAGGUGUGUGUUUUUGUCUAUUUUACAGACGUUUCAUUAGAACAGCUAACAGUGGACAUUUGUUUGAAAUCCCAAUAAGAUUAAGUUAUGCAAGACUUUUGUUCUUUUAAGUUUGUUCAGCAACUGUCAUUUUUCUUAGUAACGUGCCUCAAACCAAGCCACUGCAUGCAGUUUCAACAAUGACAUUUGUACAAUGGAAAACUGAGCUUUAAUAAAGAUCUCAAUGUUGAAACUUU